GUAUAUUUAUACUAGAUGCAACAAAACUGCAAAGCGUUUGUCAUGAGACAGCAAGUGGGCUUUCAAACUGAAAUGAGGAGUGGGUUAACCAUGCUGUUUCAACCAGCAAGAGAGGAAUAACAGGAAACCUGGAUUGAUUUGACCAACUUUCUUGGCAAUGAGGAUGGCCAGGCACAGGUAGACGGCUACUGACGCAGGCUAUUUAAGGUUUCUUAAGGAAGAGUGAGUGCCAACAUCGGAGAAUAAAAAUGAUGCUGAGCCCGGACCAGGCGGAGGCGGACCUCUCCUGGACUCAGUCCGACCCGGAGUCCAUUCUGAACGGCCUCAAGUCGGCCGGCUGCACCUCGGACGAGCCGGCGGAGGGCGAGGAGAGGGCCAAGUGUAAAGGCGACCAGCCGCUGAGCAGGGAGGAGAAGAGGCGGAGGCGGAGGGCCACGGCCAAGUACCGCUCGGCCCACGCCACCAGAGAGAGGAUCCGGGUGGAGGCGUUCAACGUGGCCUUCGCGGAGCUGAGGAAAUUACUCCCCACUUUGCCCCCGGACAAGAAACUCUCCAAGAUCGAGAUCCUCAGACUGGCUAUAUGCUACAUCUCCUAUCUCAAUCAUGUGCUGGAUGUUUAAAA